CCUGAAAAAGAACACAAUCAUGUACAAACUGUUCAUCGUCGCCGCCGUGUUGGGGCUCUCAGCCGCCAAACCUAGCAUCUACGGACCUGUGGCUUACUCUUCUCCUGCCUUGGCAUACCCAGCAACCGCCGUUGCCACCUCUGCAGUAGCCGCUCCAGCCAUCGCGACAUCCGCCAUUGCUGCGCCCGCCGUUGCCACACCAGCCAUCGCCACACCCGCUAUCGCUGCCCCAGCUCUGCGCGUCGCCACACCUGCUCUUGCUGCCCCCGCAUACGCCGCACCAGUUGCCGCCACAGCGUACGCUGCACCAGCUCUUGCUGCUGCCACAUACACUGCGCCCGCCGUUGCCACUGCCGCAUACGCUGCCCCAGCGAUUGCUGCCCCAGCCCUGCGUGUCGCUGCUCCAGUAUCUGUUGCCGCCCCAGCGGUGCCAGUAGCCGCUCAAGCUGUGCCAGUAGCCACUCCCGCCGUGGCUUACUCUGCCCCUGCUGUGGCCCCCGCCGUGGCCUACUCCGCCCCUGCUGUCGCCCCCGCAGUCGCAUACUCCGCCCCCGCUGUCACUUACUCUGCCCCCGCUGUUGCCGCCGCACCCGUGGCGUACUCUGGCUUGGCCGCCUCCGCACCCGUCGCAUACACCGGUUACGGAUACGGCUAUCCCUCUUACUACGUCAAGAAACGUUAAGAAUGCAAAUUUCACGAAUGAUCACAAAUAGACCUAAUUGACCUAACCUAACAAAGCAAA